AUGACAGAUGAUCAACGCCAACAAAUCCUCGCAUGCAAUCAUACAGCAGAUACUAGAAGUGAUACACCACCACCAUUCAGUGAGAAGGUGGCAACAGAAAAUCAAGUAUUCUUACCGUCGUCGUCCUUGUCUGUAGACAUCGCGGAUAAACAUCAUUCGCAUAUGAAUACUCCACACGAGUUACAAUGGAGUACUGUUGAAGCUAAUUAUACACAAUCGAUAGAAACUACUAGUCAAGUUGAUUCUAGGCAUACAUACGAUCUGGUACAACGUGACACUACUCCUACUACUCCUACUACGAAUACUCCUACUACUAACACUACGACGACUGCAAUGAAAGAUCAACAUUCAACUAAACAAAUGUACAGUAGUGAUAUAUCAAAGAGAAGACUGCCUCAACUGCCCUUAUCAUCAUCAGUAUCACCAUCAGAAGUAAACCAGAAGCAGUCGAGUAAAUAUCCAAUUCAAAAGUUAACAAGGACUAGAAAGAGUCCAUUAGACACACUACAAAACUCUGAUCUACACAAACCACCAAUCAAUAACAUGGAGGAGCGACAACCCCAACCCCAACAACAUCAACAACAACAACAACGACCAAUACACUCAGAUUAUAGUCUCCGUAUAAAUAAAAUUGCUCAACAAAUGGCACACAAAAUUUAUCCAUCGAAUCAGGCUACUACUACUACACUACCGCUACUACUAUUGCACAAUCAAGUCUAUGCUCACCACGAUCGAUAA